AUGGACUCCGCCGAGAGGUCUCCCUCGCCCGAGUUCUCGCCCUUGGCGAUCGGCGAAGAUCUCACCCCGCUACCCGCCUACAAGGCCGCACAAACCAACUCCUUCGACAUCGCCGGCCUACUGUCCACUCCCCUCAAGCUCCACGAGGACCUCGCUUCGGGAUGCGGAGGUCAAACCUGGCCCGCGGGCAUGGUGUUGGCAAAGCACAUGCUGCGUUACCACCGGGAAGCUCUGACCGGAGCCAGAAUACUAGAGCUAGGUGCCGGCGGCGGACUCGUCGGUUUGGCUGUUGCUCUAGGUUGUGACCUGCAGCAAACGCCGCUGUACCUCACAGACCAGGACGAGAUGUUCGAGCUCAUGGGCAGGAACACCAAGCUGAAUGGUCUUGAUGGCAAGGUUAAGCCCAUGAUCCUGAAUUGGGGCGAGCCGUUAUCACAAGAAGUCGUCGACUUCAAGCCGAAUGUCAUACUCGCAGCCGACUGCGUGUACUUUGAGCCCGCCUUCCCGCUUCUAUUGGAGACAUUGACAAAUUUGCUGACGCUGGAGCCCGACGCGACCAUCUACUUCUGUUUCAAGAAGAGGAGACGCGCCGACAUGCAGUUUCUCAAGAAGGCACAGAAGGCGUUCCAAGUGACAGAAAUCGUGGAUGAUGAUCGCGCCAUAUUCAGCAGAGAAGGGCUGUUUCUGUACACCUUCGCCAGCAAGAAGCCGACCGCCAACGGUGCUCGACAGUAG